AUGUCUCCGGCGCCGAGUUCGCGUCACUCGCAGAUCAAUUCGAGGAAGGAGAAGCGGAUGAGGAAGGUGGACACCUUCGCGCCGCACAACGAUGGCCACCAAUGGAGGAAGUACGGCGAGAAGAAGAUCAACAACACCAACUUCCCCAGGUAUUACUACAGAUGCACGUACAAGGACAACAUGAACUGCCCGGCCACGAAGCAGGUGCAGCAGAAGGACCACAGCGACCCGCCAUUGUACGCGGUCACCUACUACAACGAGCACUCGUGCAACAGCGCCUUCCUGCCGCUCUCCCCCUCCGAGUUCCAGUUGCAGACCUCGUCCGGGAAGGCCGUCUCCAUCUGCUUCGACUCCUCGUCCGGGGCGGCGCCGCAAGAACCGCCGGGCGCGGCGGCCGCGGCCACCAAUGCCAGCGGCGGCGGCUCGCCCUCUUCCAGCGCGGCGGCGGCGCGGCGAGGCACGCCGCCGGAGAUCAGUAACCCGCCCGUGCUGGCGCUGCGGCGGUCCGAGACGUACCCGUGGGGCACCGGCGCCGGCGCCGUGGAGCAGAAGCCGGCGUCCUGCAGCACCGAGUGCCACGACGCCUUCUCGGGUGCCGCCGGCGCCGUGCCGGAAGAGGUGGUUGAUGCAGGCAGAUUUGGGUCUAUCAGGUUCUUCCAUUUUUUGUAA